AUGAAGUUUUCCCCCUCAGCUGUAAUAGGCUUCCUCCCUGCCUUACUAGUGCUAGCAGCAUCUUUUGAAGAGAGCUGUGGGUUUGAAAGUCGCCUAUCAGUUACGGAGACCCAGAAUGUUAAGAUAAUCUCCUGCACUGGUAAUGCGACGUUCACGCACACUACAUCUAUCGUCCGCACAUUAGUUUUCUACGCUCACUCGCCACACGUUCUGGUCCACAAAGGCUACGAUGGAGUAGUUCCGACGACAGUCACUUUUGCUCCUGCAGGGACCGACCCCGGCACAAUCAUUAUUUAUACGCCAACCACUGCCCCUACGGAUAUACAGAGACAAGAAAAAGGUUCUCCGUCAAUACCCACAAUAUCACAUCAUAGUACCAUAAGCGACACAAAACACUCGAAGAGUACAGCCGACCCCGGACCCUCGAUAAAAGCAGUCUUUACUUCGCCUGCCACUGAUUCUAGCACUCCUUCCGACCCUUGGCCACCAACCGAAUCGAUAACGAGUGGCUCGCAGACUAUCAUACCUUCGACCAAGUCAGCCAAGCUCAGUUCAGCUCAGCCCAGUCCAACCAAGCCAGCCGAGCUUAGUACAGCCAAGUCAGCCAAGCUCAGUUCAGCUAAGCCCAGUCCAACCAAGCCAGCCGAGCUCAGUACAGCCAAGUCAACCGAGCUCAGUACAGCCAAGCUCAGUUCAGCUAAGCCCAGUCCAACCAAGCCAGCCGAGCUUAGUACAGCCAAGUCAGCCAAGCUCAGUACAGCCAAGCUCAGUACAGCCAAGUCAGCCAAGCUCAGUUCAGCCAAGUCAGCCAAGCUCAGUACAGCCAAGCUCAGUUCAGCCAAGUCAGCCAAGCUCACCUACUCAUCUCUUAAUGUCGGCUACUUCCAUACCAGGCAGCCCUUGUUUACUGGUAUAACGGAGCGCAUCGGUAUCCCACCAGGCACGAACCCGUCCACUCCUUUCAGGAUCUACGACAAUGCGCCGUCCCGUCUCUACCAGUUUACAGCCGUAAAUCAUCGCGCCUUCCUCUACGCACCAGUAACGGGUACAUAUACUGUUACAGUACCCGUAUCGGACGAUAUCACGCUCGUCUGGCUCGGCGACAAAGCGAUAUCGACCUGGACGCGCGCUAAUGCGGAUCUGGAACAGAAUUACAACACUGUUACCGGUCCCGAGGAUACAGUCGUCUUCACUAUUCAGCUACAGGCCGGUACAUAUACGCCGUUCCGACUUCUAUGGGCGAAUGCGCAAGGCAGGCUCGCGUUCAUUGCCCAAGUCCAGGCACCGGACGGACGGAUUAUCGUAGAUGGAGAUGGGUCUGAUAGUAGCUACUUUGUACGAUUUGCUUGCGAUAUGUCGACGCCGGAAUACCCACCGUUCGGGCAGGAUGGAUGA